ACGGAGAUCUGUUUUAGACUGUCAAUACAGGGCUGCACUCAGUGGAGGUUCUACAUGGCUCCAAGCUAGCGUACUGUACACUCCAAAAACUUAGAAAUAGCGAAAGUCUAGGUGUACUGCAUUAUACGACUGGUCUGGUUUAUUUGAGUUGGUCUUUUUUUGUAUUAGAAAACUACAGUACUAAUUUACAGGCGACACAGCUUGGGCAGCAGCUUGAAAGCUUGUUCUCCUACUGAAUGUCAUCCUGCUCUCCGGUAUAUGUGCGGUAAUAACAUGUCCGCGCCGCUUCCCGCCAUUGUGCCGGCCGCCCGCAAAGCUACAGCGGCGGUAAUCUUCCUCCAUGGCCUGGGAGAUACAGGGCAUGGCUGGGCUGAAGCAAUGGCUGGGAUCAGGACCCCUUAUGUCAAGUACAUUUGCCCCCAUGCACCAGUCAUGCCAGUUACCCUUAACAUGAACAUGGCAAUGCCUUCCUGGUUUGAUAUUAUUGGGUUGGGUCCAGAUGCAGAGGAGGAUGAGACUGGGAUUAAAAAAGCUGCAGAAAGCAUCAAUGCUUUGAUUGAUCAGGAGGUAAAGAAUGGAAUUCCAUCUCAUCGCAUCGUAUUGGGUGGCUUUUCUCAGGGUGGUGCACUAUCACUUUAUACAGCUCUAAAAACUCAUCAGAAACUCGCAGGUGUAGUUGCUCUGAGCUGCUGGCUGCCUCUCAGGAACUCUCUCUCAAAGUCAGUGAUUGGCACUAAUAAGGAAAUACCAGUGCUACAGUGUCAUGGUGAGGCAGAUCCUCUGGUUCCAUUGAUAUUUGGGUGUCUUACAGUGGAGAAACUCAAGACCAUGCUGAAUCCUAACAGCAUCACCUUCAAAACAUAUCCUGGGAUGCCCCAUAGUGCCUGCCCAGAGGAAAUGAUGGAUAUAAAGCAAUUCAUUGAGAAGCAGCUGCCUCCAGUCGACUAAUCAAUAAAGCCUUAAUGAUCCUUUGUGCUGAUCAGUGGGCACAAGUUCUCUCCAGCUGCUGUCUCGUCAUCUGACUGAACUGGCAACAAAACAAACAAAUCCAAAUCCUGGACUAAUCCUGAUAUCAAACUCGGUACUAAGACCACCUCAAACCACACUGCAGUGAUUCUCAACCCUUAUUAUGAUAUACCUCUACCCUGCAUAUUUUAUUGUUUGUUUUUCUUGCUUUAAAAUGUGAUCUAAUCAAUCAGCCAAUUAACCAGCCCUUCCUGAUUUGAUGUGUGUUUGUUAAACAAGGGGAAACACUAACAUCUACAGAGCAUGAGUAAUCUAACACCAGGAUUGUGAAUUUUUGCCCCACUGGGUUGUAGGUAAGUUAAACAGUACUACUGGGAUUUCAGAAUCACAGACACAGCUAGCAAAAAUGUUGCCAUAGUAACCUUUGACCUUUUUCUUAGACUGAGCUAUAGUUAUCAUGGGACACAUCACCUGUCAGAAAUGCAAUUUUUUAUAAUUGGCUUUCGGACUAUUAUAACUUAUAAAUGAAAUAAGCCUUGUAAUUAUAGAAGAGAGUUUGGUUGACAACAAAGGUUUUCUGAUGACAAAAUGAUACACAAUAAAAGACAAAUGAUG